GGACUGGCGGGCGAGCUCGCGGGCGGCAGUGGAGUUUUUCCGACGCUGCGGCCUGUGCAGCUGAGUCCGGAACGACGUGCGACGCGCGGGUCUCCUCAGAGCCAUGUCUAGGCGGGAACCCGCAGCCAACGCUUCCUCCUCGGGCGUUGCUCCCCAGCGAAGCUCGACCGGGUCCCGGGGCGCCGAACGGACGGCGACGGAGGAGGCGAACCGGAGAGGCCGGGUCGGUAGCAGGGGUACGGGCGGCGGCUGGAGAGAGCCCGCGGGUGCCGCCGAGGCUACGGCCGCCGGCCGCCGCGAACCGCCGCUCUGCUUCGGGGUGAAGAACGACGUGGUGGGCGCGGUGAUAGGUCGUGGUGGGUCAAAAAUUAGAGAAAUCCAAAAUACAACAAACACUAGAAUACAGGUAAUCAAAGGAAAUCCUGAGGCAGAAAUCAAAAUUUUUGGUAAUAAAGCUAUGCAAACAAAAGCAAAAACAGUGAUAGAUAAUGUUGUUAAAAAACAACAAAAUUACAUUCCAGGACACAGAGUUGAUAUUAUUGCAUUCCAACCUACUGUUGGAGCAGAUACCAGUACAAGUGAGAGUGUAACAGACGAUCAGCCAUUGAUAGAUUGGGAUCAAAUUCGAGAAGAUGCUUUGAAAUGGGAAAAGAAAAAGUGGGCAGAUUUACCUCCAAUUAAGAAAAACUUUUACACAGAGUCAGCAACGACAAGCUCAAUGUCACAAGUGCAGAUAGACAACUGGAGGAAAGAAAAUUUUAAUAUAACAUGUGAUGACUUGAAAGAUGGUGAGAAACGUCCUAUCCCCAACCCUAUAUGUAAAUUUGAAGAUGCCUUUCAAGGUUACCCUCAAGUUAUGGAAAAUAUUAAAAGAGCAGGCUUUCAAAAACCUACACCAAUUCAGUCACAGGCGUGGCCAAUAGUUCUGCAAGGAAUAGAUCUAAUUGGAGUAGCACAAACUGGAACAGGGAAGACACUGUCCUACUUAAUGCCUGGAUUUAUUCAUCUAGACUCUCAACCACUAGCUAGAGAACAAAGAAAUGGACCGGGCAUGUUAGUCCUUACGCCCACCCGGGAAUUAGCUCUUCAAGUAGAAGCUGAAUGUUCUAAAUAUUCAUAUGGUGAUCUUAAAAGUGUUUGUGUAUAUGGUGGUGGUGAUAGAGAUGGACAAAUACAAGAUGUUUCCAAAGGUGUAGACAUCAUCAUUGCAACUCCUGGAAGAUUGAAUGACCUGCAAAUGAAUAACUUUAUCAACCUGAAAAGUGUAACCUAUUUGGUUCUAGAUGAAGCAGACAAGAUGCUGGACAUGGGAUUUGAACCCCAGAUAAUGAAGAUUUUGUUAGAUGUACGUCCAGACCGGCAGACUAUUAUGACAAGUGCUACUUGGCCAUAUGCUGUCCGCCGUCUUGCACAAUCUUACUUGAAAGAACCAAUGAUUGUCUAUGUUGGUACUUUGGAUCUAGUUGCUGUGAGUACAGUGAAACAAAAUAUAAUCAUUACCACAGAAGAAGAGAAACGAACUCAUAUCCAGACCUUCCUUGAGAAUAUGUCACCUAAAGACAAAGUCAUUGUCUUUGUCAGCAGAAAAGCUGUUGCCGAUCACUUAUCAAGUGAUCUGAUUCUCCGACACAUAUCAGUGGAGUCUCUGCAUGGCAACAGAGAACAGAGUGACCGAGAGAAAGCAUUAGAGAACUUUAAGACAGGUAAAGUGAGAAUACUUAUUGCUACUGACUUGGCAUCUCGAGGUCUUGAUGUCCAUGAUAUCACUCAUGUCUACAAUUAUGAUUUUCCACGGAACAUUGAAGAAUAUGUACACAGAGUAGGGCGCACUGGGAGAGCAGGGCGAACUGGAAUGUCAAUUACCCUUAUCACAAGAAAUGAUUGGAGGGUUGCCACCGAACUGAUUAAUAUUUUGGAAAGAGCAAAUCAGAAUAUCCCAGAGGAACUUGUUUUAAUGGCUGAGAGAUACAAAGCAAAUAAACUAAAGAGAGAGAUGGAAAAAAAAAUGGGAAGACCUCAAGGAAAGCCCCAGAAGUUUUACUAAUGUCGUGUGUAGCACAGGUGCCACAGGAUUCAGGAUUUUAUUCAAAGUGGAAUUGUUGAAACAUACAUCAAUAUGAAGAGAUUUGGCUGAUUCUUAAAAUAAUAGUGUGUUAAAAUGUAGAAUUCAAUGUUUUAUACUUUCUUUAAUAAAACAAUAGUUUUUAA